CAAUUCAGUGAAUUUUUGAAUAAAACUCAGCAACAAAAAGUCUUCACACCAAAACCAACUCGGUCUGUCAUUCCGAUUCCGAUUCCGAUUCACGAUCUCAGAUAAAGAUUUUAUUGCCACCUCCAGGAAGAAAAAGAUGACUGAUGAUGAAGCUUUGGGAUUUAUUGCCAACUUUCUUGGCAUUUUCAUUUUUGCUCUGGUUAUAGCAUAUCAUUUGGUCAUUGCAGACCCUAAAUAUGAAGCCAAUUAGAUACUAAGAUUUUUUUUUUUUUUUAUGCAUUCAAAAUACAACUUUGUUGGAUUCAGUUUUGUUGGUUGGCCUGUAAGGUCAGUUUGUAGCUUAUGACAACAGCUAAAAUCUUCAAUAUUUGAUGGUUGGUAUUAACCAUAUUUCAUUGUCGUUGGUUUA